AGGUGUGUUCACACUAUCCCAGUGUUCAGCGUCCACUGAGCCGCUUCUGCACUCAGAAGCUGCAUUUCCGUGUGUGUGUGAGAGAGAGAGACUGCUUGUUAACACGCAUAGUAUUUUUUUUUUCUUUAUAACAGUGGCUUGGACACAUGGAAACACAUCAUGGAAACAAACACACUGUACGUAGCAAACAUAAACAUACGGACACACUCCCGUGUGUGGUGUCCAUGGAAACGUUUGCUCGCUUGCUAUGUUCUUUUCCCGCGCUCUGCUGCCCUCUUGCAGUGCGGAGCGGUGGUGAAGGCGGCACUAUAACCUAAGAUGGCGGCCGGAGGCAGGCUGCAGCGGUCUGCUCGUUUUUAACGUUUACGGCGGAAGGACGCGGGGACGGCGGACGUCACACAGGUAACCCGCAUACCAAAGCUCCGUGACACGAGCCACAGGUCCAACGCUGAGAAUCUGGGACGUGAUCGGGAGUCAGAGCUGUGAUUAUUGAUGAUCGAUUGUUACCGGACAGUGACCCGAUCUCCUGUUCGCUCGCUAUACUGAAGAUAAACAGAUGUGGUGGGCGUGGCCUUCUCGGCCACACUGACGAUGUUAAUAAUAACAGCGGUCUGCUGUCUCCAGACCUCUGCGGGUUAGAUACUGUUCAUUGGCUGGAUCCAUGUUAGUAAUCAGAGAACAAUGACCGCAGCGCAGACAGGUGAAGCAUUACAGACCGCCCAAGUAAACACACCUGGACACCCUCAGAUAAAUGAUGUCAGCGAUCAGAUAAUCCAGAUUAUGAUGAGCCCACAGCUGCUGUCAGGUGUCUGUGCUUUAAGACAAAGGAGACGCUCUGCUGUCAAGAUAAUCUGGAUUAUAAUCUCUGUGGAUCAUAACAUCCUGCUCUCUCUGACCCACAGCAGGCUGCGAUGCUGUGACUGCUGACUCUGUCUGCUUUCUGAGGAGGACAUGGCAGCCGAGCUGUUUUCCACCAGUCUCCCUCAAGGCGAGGAGGUGGAGGUUCUGGAGGUGAAGAAGAGCUUCAUUCAGGUGAGCGACCUGCAGCUGACUGCCGAAGACAUCUGUGGAGACGGCGGCAUUGCCGCGUCACAGCCAAAUAACCAUGACAGGAACCCAGAGGAAACAGAAAGCUGGCAAGCUUCCCACCCCACCCUCAGAGAAAGGAACGCUCUGAUGUUCAACAAUGAGCAGAUGGCUGAUGUCCACUUCAUUGUCGGUUCUCCAGGAGAGACUCAGACAGUGCCUGCUCAUAAGUAUGUCCUGGCGGUGGGCAGCUCGGUGUUUGGAGCCAUGUUUUAUGGAGAUCUGGCAGAGGGACAGUCUGUGAUCGACAUCCCUGAUGUUGAGCCGGCUGCUUUCCUCAUCCUCUUAAAGUACAUGUACAGUGAUGAGAUUGAGUUGGAGGCUGAUACCGUGCUCGCCACGCUAUAUGCUGCUAAGAAGUAUAUUGUCCCUGCUCUGGCUCGGGCCUGUGUAGCCUUCUUGGAGACGAGCCUUGAGGCAAAGAAUGCCUGCGUGCUGCUGUCUCAGAGCCGGCUGUUUGAGGAGCCGGAGCUGACGCAGCACUGCUGGGAGGUGAUCGACGCUCAGGCCGAACUCGCUCUGCGCUCUGAAGGUUUCUGUGAGAUCGACUUGCUCACGCUGGAGAUAAUCCUGCAGAGAGAAACGCUCAACACCCGCGAGAUCGUGGUGUUUCAAGCACUGCUGUGCUGGGCGGCGGCAGAGUGUCGGCGGCAGGGCUUGACGGUGAACCCAAGGAAUCAACGCACGGUGCUUGGUAAGGCCCUGUACCUGGUCCGAUUCCCUUCCAUGACACUGCAGGAGUUUGCAGAUGGGGCAGCGCAAUCGGAUGUGCUGACACUCAAAGAGGCCCACGACGUCUUUCUGUGGUUCACUGCUACCAACAAACCCAGGCUGGAAUUCCCCACUGUGAAGCGGGCGGGGCUACUGCCACAGAGGUGCCACCGCUUCCAGUCCUCGGCCUACCGCAGCAACCAGUGGCGCUACAGGGGGCGCUGUGACAGCAUCCAGUUUGCUGUGGAUCGCAGGAUUUUUGUAGCUGGACUUGGUCUGUAUGGGUCCAGUGGUGGGAAGGCCGAGUACGUUGUGAGGAUUGAAUUGAAGAGGCAGGGAACCGUUCUAGCCCAGAAUCUCACCAAGUUUCUGUCAGAUGGGUCAAGCAACACCUUCCCGGUGUGGUUCGAGCAUCCGGUGCAGGUAGAGCAGGACACCUUCUACACGGUCAGUGCCGUCCUGGACGGAAACGAGCUGAGUUACUUUGGCCAGGAGGGGAUGACUGAAGUGCAGUGUGGGAAAGUGACCUUCCAGUUUCAGUGCUCAUCAGACAGUACCAAUGGCACCGGCGUGCAGGGGGGGCAGAUCCCAGAGCUCAUCUUCUACUGUUGAACUGGAACCUGGACCCAAGGACUCAAGCCAACAGGCAGGAAGUUGGAGCCUGGAGCUCAGAUUCAAUCAACAGACCUGGCAAUUGGAAAUUGGCAGCUGAUUGAACAAUGCCGUGGACCUGAGAGCUGAUUGGCUGUCAGGUUUUUAUCAGUGUUUGGUGAAUAUUAAAGUCUCCUGAUUCUUUGAGAAAAUGAAUAAAGGAAGUUGUAGUUUUCUGCUGCUGCCACUAGAUGUGGCUAUGUGGUCUCACACCGAGGGAGAUUUUCAGCUUUUUUUUUUUUUGUGCUGUGGACAAUGAAUUUUACUUGUGUUCAAGGUCACAUGUGUAAAAUGGAAAAAAAAAAAAUCUGAAUGCAACAACAAAUUAUUUCAAGCCUGUAUUCAGUAGAAAAGCAUUGCAGACAUAAAGUAUAAAGUUGAAACUGAUAAAUGUGAUUUUUUUGUUUGUUUUAGUUCCAGUUUUUUUUCUGGAUGUCAGCACAUGUUGCUGUUUAUCACACUUUAAAUGAUCUGUAAGUCUGCAUUCUCAGUUUUUCCAGUGUUGUGUGCUUUAAAUAAAUAAAAUGAGUAAAUAGCUCACCAA